CACCCCGGGGAGGCUCCCGAUGCCGAAGGGCGGAGUCUGACUUUUGGUGUUGGGAGCCCUGGGGAAGCCGUCCGCGUGGGUGCGUGGGGUUUGGGUAAAUGGUAAGAGGGCGGCGGCAUAGAGGCCCUUUUUCUUCCCCUUUGAACAAACUUUAGCCACGGAGCAGGAGCUAAGCUUUGGGGUAGAUAAGCAGCUUUGGGUGAAACUGGUGAAGGAAUAAAUGUUGAGAUGAAACAGACGGAAGAAUAGAUAAGAUUUAGGGUGAAGUUGGUGGGGGAUGAAUUUAGGGGAGAGGUUGCUCCUAAGGUCCAGGCACCUGAUCUCUGGAUAGUGUUUGGGUGAAUUUGGGAGCUGGUUAAAGACCGAGAACUCAGGUUACAAAAGUUAGGACUUGGAAUGUGGUGAUGGGAAGGGGCACGUGAAGCAACUGGGAGUCCAAACAGUCUAUGCCCUGGGCUGGGGCUGGGGUGAGGGGACAGAGUGAGGCCGUGGGAAAGUGGGGUGCGGGGGGGUCAGGAGCCUGUUGACGUUCAGAGAGCUGUUGGCCCCGGUGGGCCAGCCCCUCAACCCCUUAUGGGUUCUUUGUGCCUCUCCAGCUCAGUAGCGCGGCGGGCAAGGCGGGUGCCAUGGCCCUGAUUGAAGGGGUGGGUGAUGAGGUGACUGUCCUUUUCGCGGUGCUUGUCUGCCUGCUGGUGCUGGCUCUCGCCUGGGUCUCAACACACACAUCGGAGAGCGGUGACCCGCUGGCCCAGCCAUCAGGGACCCCAACACCAGCGCAGCCCAGCGAAGCCAUGGUGGUCACCGACAGUGCCAGAGGGGAGGCCCCAGAAGCUGAGACCCCCAGCCUGAGACACAGAGGUCAGGCUGCACACCCCGAGCCUGGCACAGGACUCCCAGCAACCACUCCACCGCCAGACUCCCCCCAGGAGCCUCUAGUGCUUCGGCUGAAAUUCCUCAACGAUUCAGAGCAGGUGGCCAGGGCCUGGCCCCACGACACCAUCGGCUCCCUGAAAAGGACCCAGUUCCCUGGCCGGGAGCAGCAGGUUCGACUCAUCUACCAAGGACAGCUGCUGGGAGACGACACCCAGACCCUGGGCAGCCUUCACCUGCCUCCCAACUGCGUCCUCCACUGCCACGUGUCCACACGGGCCGGUCCCCCACACGCGCCCUGCCCACCGGGGUCAGAGCCAGGCCCCUCCGGGCUGGAGAUCGGCAGCCUGCUGCUCCCCCUGCUGCUCCUGCUGCUGCUGCUGCUCUGGUACUGCCAGAUCCAGUACCGGCCCUUCUUCCCGCUGACCGCCACCCUGGGGCUGGCCGGCUUCACGCUGCUGCUCAGCUUCCUGGCCUUUGCCAUGUACCGCCCGUAGUGCCUCCGCGGGCUCCCGGCCGUG